AUUGGCUUAGCGGGCCGGCCGGCUGACGUGGCGGCGGCGGCGGCGGCGGCGGCCGGCAGUCGUCGCCGCGCAGUCCGACCGUGAGCCCGCCGCAGCCGCCGCCGCCGCCCGGUCUCCCUUCUCUCUCUCCUCUCUCCCUCUGUCGCCUCUCCCUCUGUCUCGUCAUGCAUCUGAACAAUAUGGAGGUGGACACGACAGCCGCCGCCGCCGCCGCCGCCGCCCCGUCCAGCCCGGUGAAGCUGGAUAACAAGCCUAGCCGUGUGGUGCACAUCCGAAAUAUACCGAACGAGGUCAGCGAGACCGAGGUCAUCCACCUGGGAAUCCCCUUCGGCAAGGUCACCAACGUGCUCGUCCUCAAGGGCAAGAACCAGGCCUUUCUGGAGAUGGCCGACGAGGUGGUAGCCACGCAGAUGGUGGCCUACUUCGCCAACGGCACCGCCCAGCUGCGCGGCCGCUCCGUCUACGUCCAGUUCUCCAACCACAAGGAGCUCAAGACGGACCAGACGCACUCGAACGCGAACGCCUCGGCUCAGGCCGCGCUGCAGGCGGCGCAGGCGCUGUCCGGCGGCGACACUCAGGGCGGCCCCAACACGGUGCUCAGGAUCAUCAUCGAGCACAUGGUCUACCCGGUCACCCUGGACGUGCUCCAGCAGAUCUUCUCGCGGGUCGGCAAGGUGCUGAAGAUCGUCACGUUCACCAAGAACAACUCGUUCCAGGCGCUGAUCCAGUACCCGGACGUGGUGACCGCGCAGGCGGCCAAACUGCAACUGGAUGGCCAAAAUAUCUACAACUCGUGUUGCACUCUGCGCAUCGAAUACUCCAAGCUGCCCAGCCUGAACGUCAAGUACAACAACGACAAGUCCCGCGACUACACCAACCCCAGCCUGCCCACAGGUGACCCCACGCUCGAUUCGUCCGCCUUUAUCCUGGGAGGCGGCACCCCGGGUAUGCUGUCCCCGUUCGGCCUGCACGGCCUGGCGCCUGGCCUGGCCGGGGGGUUCCCUGCCGGCAUGGGAGAGGCCGCCAGUGCUGCCGCCGGCGCCGGCCGUUCAGUUCCGUUCGCCGGCAUGGUCCCCGGCGGUCUGCCGGGCGCCUCGAUGGGCAUGACGGGCCGGCUGCCCGGGCACCCGAUGACCGGCUCCGUGCUGCUCGUCUCCAACCUGGACGAGGAGAUGGCCUCUCCUGAAGCUCUCUUCACUCUUUUCGGCGUCUACGGCGACGUACAGCGGGUGAAGAUCCUCUUCAACAAGAAGGAUAACGCCCUGGUACAAAUGCUCGAGCCGCACCAGGCCAGUGUGGCGCUCAGUCACCUGGACAAGGUGAAGGUAUGGGGCCGCCAGAUCCGGGUGAUGCCCAGCAAACACCAGACCGUUCAGAUGCCCAAGGACGGCCAGCCGGACGCCGGCCUCACCAAGGACUUCACCAACUCGUCGCUGCACCGCUUCAAGAAGCCGGGCAGCAAGAACUACCAGAACAUCUACCCGCCGUCGGCGACGCUGCAUCUCUCCAACAUCCCGCCGCACGUCACCGAACAGGACAUCCGGCAGGCCUUCGAGGUGGCCAGCUUCGACGUCAAGGCCUUCAAGUUCUUCCCGAAGCGUGACGGCGCGGAGGCGGAGGCGGGCCAGCAGCGGCGCGACCACCGGAUGGCGCUCAUUCAGCUGGGCUCCGUCGACGAGGCCGUCAUGGCACUCAUUAAAAUGCAUAAUUACCAGCUGAGUGACGCCAACCACCUGCGGGUCUCGUUCUCCAAGUCGACCAUCUAAGAGGCCCGGGGAGAGCGCGCAGCGGAGGAGGGCACGGCACGGCGCCUGGUGCCGGCCGGCCGGCCGACCCGGACUGACCCACAGCCGACCCGGACUCGACCCACAGCCGACCCGGACUGACCCACAGCCUACCGAACAAACGGCCGCCGGACGGCGCGCGUGACGUCACUGGAUCAGGCAGCAGCCCGCCCGGCCACCGCAGAGCCUAUUUUUGCAUUUGCUUGCGUACGGCUAGUGGCUGGGGUCGGAGGGAGAGAUUAGUCAGAGCUGGGUAAACUAGACAUACUUGGAGACGGUAAAGUAGUAAUGUACGAUGUACAGAGGCGCGUCGAGCGGCAGGGGACGUUACGCAGCAGAGUCGUCACACAGGCCACAUGUUGUAGCAUUCCGGUACAACGGCGACCGAAAUUCAUGGAAAACCGCGCUGCGCCGCCGGUAUUUAUUCGCGCGUCCCUCUGAGGAGGCCAGUGGCGGGCCGGCCGGUCGGCCGAGCAACCCAGCGCCGCCGCCGACUGAGACCCUCUCCAGGGACACAGGCAGUGGUCCGACAGCCACAGGCAGGGCCGGGUGGCUGGUUGGCCGCGGGCGGAGCCCAGAGACGCCCGAACGCCGCAGGCAGGGCCCGCGGGCGGCAGGACGGCCGCGCGGUCCGGGGCCCGGGCGGACCCGCCACUGAGGCGGCCGCACGGGACGGGGAGAGCGAGAGAGAACUCCAGGGAACAAAGCAGGAGGUGGGAGCGUGGUCGACGCAUCGCUCCGGUCAGCAGUAUUGUGACAGCUUUAAAGCCCGUCUGUCAAAUUAAUAUGGGCUGUGACAAUCCUCCUUUCUAAAGCCGACACAGCAGCACAAAUCUAGGCCCGUGCGCGGCGGCCGGUCGUGCCCAGCCAGUCGGUCGGCCGGCCGCCCGAUGGCGCCAGCGCCAGCGCCGCAGAGGCACGCUAACAUAUCAGCCAGACGUGACUAUUUUUGUACCAUCUCGGUGCCUUUUGAGGCUAGACGAGUGCGGUAGUGCGGUUCCGGCUUUGUUUGAAGUUCCCUGUUUCUCUCUCUGGUCGAUGGACCGAUAUAUCGAAGGCGACUGUCUCCCCAGCGUUUGGUCAUGCUCGCUCCGUGUCUUCGGAUUUUGUUUACCGUAGUGUAUGUCUAGUUGAUGGUGGCUCGAAAAUUGGUGUUUUCGGCUCUUCAUAUUGCAUUUUUAUUGCAUUGUAUGUGUAGGUAGUUGUUGGGGCGAGGACCGAUUUGUCAGGUCACAGGGCGCGGCGCAGGUCAGGUCAGGCCGCUGGCCACUCGCCGCCCUGGCGCGUCGUUUAUGAUUGGUGUUUAUACCGGUCCGCGGAAAGCGGCGGAGUGUCGGCCGGGCGGCCCGUGUCGCGCGCGCGCGCGGCGCCCGGCCGGCGGCGGCGGCACCGCCCCAUCCCCAGUCCGUCGGGCGGCUACCCAUGGUUGGAUCACUCAAUGUUGUUAAAUAACGUGCCUUUGGCCGCCAAAAAAAAAGUUUCCUUACCCGGUGCGGGUCGGUAGGACCGCCCGCCGCCGCCGCUGCCGCCAGUCCGCCAGCCGACCCGCUCGCUGUUGACCGCACCAUGUUUUAAUCAUUGAAACCAUUUUUGUAAUAAAAUGACAAAAAUUGUUGCCAUGAACGUUUGUCUCGAGGCGAGGUGCGUCUCGCUUCCCGCGCCUGUCUAGCUGGGCUGCGCCGGCCCCUCUCUGGACGCCUCAGCUGCUGCUCCGCUCUGCCGCUUGCCUCGGUCUCUCCGACUCUCUCGUAGCUCUCGCGCGCGUCUCGCUGCUCUACACCUCUCGGCUGGCGCUCCGACAGCCCUCCGCUCUCUGCCCGUACAUCUGGGCAACUUUAUCUCUAUCCGUCUGUCUGUCUGUCUGUCUGUCUGUCUGUCGUUUCGUCUGUCUCUCUGUCUUGUCCGGCCGUAUCGGUGGUCGCGGGUGCCGCGCGCCGAACUGGACAAUAUGUGCGAUUCCAUUAUAAAGAUCUUGGACGUUC